GCCCGGGAGCGAACUGAGUCCGGGAGUCUGGCGAAGUGUCUGCGCUAGGAGCUAACUCUUUUCCUGGACCUGAGGCUGAACGGAGUCAGAGCGUCUUAGGCGGACUCAAGGCGCCGGCGGCCGGGCCAGGUUGAGGCGCCUGCGGCCGGCCUGUGGGACAGCGGUCGGGGACAGCGGGCCCCACGGAAAAGCGGGGCAGAAGCUGGGAGGUGAGCGUUGGGAGGCCCACUCGUGGCUUUCACGCAGGAUUGGGUCUCCAUUUCUUCUGGGGCACACCGGAGCAACUGUUCGAUCAGCGUUAGGGGACCAGCCGAGGCUACUGUGCCUUAGGACUGCCGGCGUUCUCAGCACCUGUCCAGCGCUCUGGAAGAGGCCGCGGUCAUGGUGAAUGAAGACCCCAACCUGGAGGAGCAGGACGGCACCCCUCAGCAGCAGUCAGCGUUCCGGGCGGACCCCAACAUUUCUGCCCACCCCAGCGUCUCGGCCCAUCCCAGCAUCUCUACCAACCCCAGCGUCUCGGCCCAUCCCAGCGUCUCCGCCCAUCCCAGCGUCUCCUUCCACCCCAGCUGCUCUGCGAACCCCAGCUUCUCUGUGAACCCCAGCAGUUCAGCCCUCCCCGGUACCUUAGCCCAACCCAGUGUCUUGGCCCAACCCAGUAGCUCGGGCCCCGAGGAUCUCAGUGUGAUUAAGGUGAGCAAGCGCCGUUGGGUGGUGGUCCUGGUGUUUAGCUGUUAUUCCAUGUGCAACGCCUUCCAGUGGAUCCAGUAUGGCUCCAUCAAUAACAUCUUCAUGAAGUUUUAUGACGUCAGUGCCUUUGCCAUCGACUGGCUGUCCAUGUGCUACAUGCUGACCUACAUCCCUUUACUACUGCCGGUGGCCUGGCUGCUGGAAAAAUUCGGCCUGCGCACCAUCGCCCUCACCGGCUCCGCUCUCAACUGCCUGGGGGCCUGGGUGAAGUUGGGCAGCCUGCAGCCACAUCUCUUCCCAGUCACUGUGCUGGGCCAGGUCAUCUGCUCCGUGGCCCAGGUCUUCAUCCUGGGCAUGCCCUCCCGCAUCGCUUCUGUCUGGUUCGGGGCUAAUGAAGUUUCCACGGCCUGCUCCAUAGCUGUCUUUGGCAAUCAGCUUGGAAUUGCAAUUGGGUUCUUGGUCCCUCCUGUUUUGGUGCCCAAUAUCCAAGACCAGGACAAGCUUGCCUUCCACAUCAGCAUCAUGUUCUACAUAAUCGCAGGUGUCGCCACGUUGCUCUUCCUCCUGGUCAUUAUUGUUUUCAAGGAGAAGCCUAAACAUCCCCCCAGCAGGGCCCAGUCCCUGAGCUAUUCCUUGGCAUCCCCUGAUGCUUCCUACUUAAGUUCCAUCGUCCGGCUCUUCAAAAACCUCAACUUCAUGCUGCUUGUCAUCACCUACGGUCUGAACGCUGGGGCUUUUUAUGCCUUGUCCACUCUGCUGAAUCGUAUGGUGAUCUUGCACUAUCCGGGAGAAGAAGUGAAUGCUGGAAGAAUAGGCCUGACCAUUGUCAUUGCAGGAAUGCUUGGGGCUAUGAUCUCAGGCAUCUGGCUGGAUAGGUCCAAAACCUACAAGGAGACAACCCUGGUGGUCUAUGUCAUGGCUCUGGUGGGCAUGGUGGUGUACACAGUGACCUUGAGCCUGGGGCACCUGUGGGUAGUGUUCAUCACCGCCGGCACAUUGGGGUUCUUUAUGACUGGCUACCUCCCGCUGGGGUUUGAGUUUGCGGUGGAGCUGACCUACCCAGAAUCAGAAGGCAUAUCGUCUGGCCUCCUCAACAUGUCUGCCCAGGUAUUUGGGAUCAUCUUCACCAUCUCCCAGGGCCAGAUUAUCGAGAACUAUGGAACCAAGCCUGGGAACAUCUUUCUGUGUGUGUUCCUCACCCUCGGAGCAGCCCUCACUGCAUUCAUCAAGGCCGAUCUUCGGAGGCAAAAAGCAAACAAAGAAACUCCUGAGAAUAAACUCCAGGAGGAGGAGGAGAAGGAGGAAAACAAUACCAGCAAAGCGCCCACCACGAUGUCUGAGGAGCACCUCUGAGAGGGAAAGGUGGUUGUGACCCAAGGAACACAGAAUGCUCCCCCCACCCCGCCCUUCGGCCAGCACAGCUCUCGCUGCCAACACAAAGGUCUUCGCUGGCAGCUUCUGCGGAGAACCAGCUGGAAUAUUUGUGGCUUGGAUGGCGGUGCCUAUGCUUCUGGAACCCAUUCAAGAGCUUGCCUGGUCUGGCUGGGGAAUAUCGCGUCUUUCACCAAAUGCAGACUCGAUUUCCGCUGCCUCCCCUCCUAGGUUCUGGGAGCUGGUGUUGGGAGAGGCUGGUGAGUGGCGGAGUCAGUCCUGGCUUUGCACCUUGCCUUCCCUCCUCACCUCCAACCCUCACGGAGGAAGCCUGCCAAAUUAUCACCGAAGGAAAACUUAUUCAGGAUGUUAACUUUUUCUAAUGUCUUAAGACCGUUAGAAGCCCAAUUCUAAGGAGCGGCAGCUGUUCUGGAUGAGAGUCACUCUUGAGUCAUUAGACUAACUGCUAACUUUCUGUGGGAAAGGAAGCAUCAUCGGAACAAACCCGUGGGCACUCUGGGCCGAUGUUGUACUGGCCUAAUGUUGGGGUCUGUCUCCAAACCCUCUUUCCUAAGAGCUGAUCAAACCAAAUGUCAAUAAACUUGAGACUUUGUUGUGCCCCUGAAGGAGAAACUGAUUUGGGAGAGGUAACAACCUAGGCCUGUGAGAAUG